CCCGCCCUGAACACCGCCGCGCACCCCCGCUCUGCGCUUUCCCGGCGGCACGGAUGCGACCCGUGCUCGCCGCUCUCCAGGAAGGCCCGCACGCAGAGGGGCGGCGCGGGUUCGGCAUCGCCUCGAUCCCCCGCGUCCCCGCCCUCCUCCUCCCGUGGCCCCGGAAGCGGAGUGGGCGCGCGGCGACAGGCAUCGGCGUGGGCAGCCGGGCCGGGGCCAUCCGGGACGCGCGCGGCGAUGACGCAACGACGGCGCGACCGCGGACAGAAAGGACCCCGCGAGCGGUGCCCGCCCCGUUCCGCGGGCCGACCAAUGGCGGCACGGAGGAGGCGGGGCCGAGCGCUGGCUCUCCGCCAAUGGCGGCCGGGGGGCUGCCGCAAUGGCGCUGGCGGAGACGUGGGGCUCCGUGCGGGGAAAGUGGUGCUCCGCCGCCCCGCGUCCCCGCCGCCGCCCUGUGCCUUUGGGACGCCGGGCGCUCAGGGGAAGGCGGCGCGGGGGCCCGUCCGUCCCCCUUCGGCACCGAGCCGUCCUUUUCAGUCGCCGUUCGGCGGUCGUCUCUCUGUCGCUCUGUGCGUUCGUCAAUUAAAUGUUUACCGUUCGUUUCUCGGCGCUUCUGCCCGCGGUCUUUUCUGCAGCUCAGACCAGCUGCUCGAUAAUGUCCUGCUGACACGAAUCCUGAACUUGUCUGCCCUCAGAAAGUCUUCCUGGAUGUUCCUCGAAGGUUGCUAAUAUUCUUGGCGCUCUUGGCCUAGGUGAAUUUAAUUGGAAAACUUCCACUAGCUUAGCAGGACUGUCUUCUUAUUUUCCGUAUGAAAGAACUGGAUUAGUAUUUUUCUUGCUCUCUUUUUUGGAUUUUUCUAACAAUCUCAAAAGCCUGUAAAGCAUGGCUUCCUGAUAGCUUUCACACA